AUGGGAGAACCAGGGGAAUGCUGGCAAUGGAACCUUCGCGAGCUACAAGAUGCCUUCCGUUCCGCCAUUUCGAUUGUUUUGAAACGCCAAGUUGUCUGGCUAUUCAUCGAUGCCGUGGAUGAAUCCGGCAAAACGCAUGCGAUUGAAUUGGUCAGGCAUCUCAGGCAACUUUUGGCCAGCAUCUCGCCAGAGAACCUCCAGUUUCUAAUUUGCAUUACGUGCCGGCACUACCCGGUCUUGGACCUGGGUUCUGCAUACGAAAUUGCACUCGAAGGCGAAAACGAAAAAGAUAUUUCUGCCUACGUGCAGGACCGACUCUCGCUGGUAGAUGAAAAGUCCGCAUCGAGGAUUGCCGAUGUGAUCACGAACAGGGCUGAUGGCAUUUUCAUGUGGGCUUCACUCCAAAUUGAUCGAGCUCUAGAGCUCGAGCUUAACGGAGCCAGCCUGGCGAAGAUUGAAGCAGAAGUCCUCUCCACACCGCGCGGACUCUUUGGUGUAUAUGAAGAGCUUGUACAGAACAUGAAAGAAAGAUCGAAAUCCCUGAAAAUGAUACAGUGGAUCUGCUUUGCGAUGCGGCCGCUAUCAUUAGACGAGCUGCGAUGGGUGCUAGCCGUCGACGCUGAUCGCACAAGCCCUAUCAAGUCGCUGAAAAAGGCACAGGAGUCAGACGAGUAUAUUACCAGCAGCGAAAGGAUGGAGCUGCGAUUGAAAAGCCUCAGCUGUGGCCUUGUUGAAGCAGUAUUGUCAUUGGACCGGCGAGUGGCGCAGUUUAUUCAUCAGUCAGUGCGGGACUUUUUCGUUGAAACAGAGGUUCUUUUAUCUCCCGCAAACAAGAAGGACGUCAAAGUCAACGAGAGAGAUGCUAAAGGCUACACGUCACUUUUGCAGGCUGCGUGGGACGGGUAUUGGGAUGUCGUUGAGCUGCUGCUAAGCGCACAUGACAUUGACAUCAACGCGCGUGAUUCUCGAGGCCAAACGGCACUACUACGUGCUGUGUCUCGAGGGCAUAUGGCUAUUGUCAGACUGCUGCUGGAGAGAGACGGUAUCGACAUCAACGCACAAGAUGAUUUCGGCCAAACGGCGUUGUUCUGGGCUGUGUCUCUAUCGAAGAUGGCUGUCGUCAGACUGAUACUAGAGAUGGAUGAUAUCAACAUCAACGCACGAGAUAAUGAUGGCCGAACGGCGUUGUUCUGGGCUGUGUCUCUAUCGAAGAUGGCUGUCGUCAGACUGAUACUAGAGAUGGAUGAUAUCAACAUCAACGCACGAGAUAAUGAUGGCCGAACGGCGUUGUUCUGGGCUGUGUCUGGAGGAGAUGUGGACAUCCUCAGACUACUGCUGGACAAGGAUGACAUUGACAUCAAUGCGCGAGAUUCUCAAGGCCAAACGGCACUACUAUGUGCUGUGUCUCGAGGGCAUAUGGCUGUCGUCAGACUGCUGCUGGAGAGCGAUGAUAUCGACAUCAAUGUAUUAGAUGCAGAAGGCCUCACGCCCCUCUUAUGUGCUACUCAGCAAGAGCAUGUGGCCAUCGCCAGGCUGCUGCUGAACAAGCAUCACGUCGACGUCAACGUGAGGGAUACGGAAGGUCUCACGCCAUUGCUAACGAUUCCGGCCGAACGCCAUUGUCGUAUGCUGCCCAAAACGGCCACGUCACAGCUAUUAAGGUCUACGCUACUGAUCAUAAGGAAGUCAUUGAUUUGA